AUGAAAAGUAAAACCACUAUAAACAUAUAGGGUCGAGAUUUAACUUCUAGAGUGCUGCAGAAAGAGGCUUAAUUAAAGGUGAUCAGAUGACACAAAAAUUAAUAAAUUAAAAUGAGCCUGAUUUAGUUUUGCCAUCUUUUAUUUUGCCUAAUCAAUCUAAUGGAUUGAAUCUUUCAGUUUAAUUAACUAGAAAAAUGAAUUCAGACACCUAUUCUCCAGAACAUUAAACAAAAGUUCUAAAUGAGUCCUAGAUGACGAAAUUACUUUUACCAUAAAUAGAUAAUAAAAUACCGGUCUAACAGGAUAACUCAGUCAAUUUACAAUAAUCUUUUUAAUUUUAAGGGCUUAUGGACGAAAAUCUUGGUUUUUAACAUAAUUUUCUUCACGAAUAAUCAUUUGAAUAAAAUCAUGAAAAAAAAUAAAUAUCCCGAUAAUUGACUUAUUCUUAGAAUUAAUUUUAUCUGAAUCAUUCACCAAGAAAACGAUAAUAUUCUUUUUAAAUUAAUAAAAAUUUUAAAAGCAACUUGGAUAUAACCAAUGAGAAGGAUUUUCAAGAUGAUGAAAUUGAAGAAAAUAUUUCAGAUAUUGAAAAAAACAUAAUCUCAAAAGAAAAGGAAAUCUAAUAAAUUGGUGCCUCACAAGAUUCAAACCCAAUGUAAACUCAAACAUUUAAAUAAGUCAAAAGCAAAGAGUAUCUCUACUGCUAGAAAUUUAAAGUCAGUUUUAUUGUUAUUAGGGCAGUGUUGAGAAUGAUUAUAUUAGUUAGGUAAUUGAUUUUAAUAAUAAUGUUUAGACCAUUAAAGCAAAAAUGGACAAUAAAUUAGCAACUAUAUUCUAAAUUAAUUAAAUUGUUUAAAUUUAAGGAUAAAUUAGUCCAAAAUAAAAUAAAAUAAUGGACUUAAAUAUCAAUGACUAAAGUACUAUCUGUUUUAAGAUAUUAAGCUCUUAAAUAAUGGAAUUUUAUAGUAAUAUUAAUGUAUUUAGACUUUAGGAAGGAAAUAUUGAAGAUUUCUAAAAAGAUUAGGCUAUAACAAAUUUUUUAAAUUUAUGUUCUCUUCUAAUUUCCAAUCUUGAAGUAAUGACAUAACCUAACAAUUUGUUACCAGAACUUGGAUAUCAAUCCUAUUUAGAAUAAUUUGUCGAAUAUAGAUAAACCUAUAACAUUUUUGUUACAAAAAGAACUAGUUAUCUACAAAACAAAUACUCUAAAAUUAAACCUAUUGAAAAGGCUAUGAUUGCAACGGAGUGUGUAAUUAUGAAUAAUUUUAUACCCAAUUUAGUCUUACUAACUGAAAAUAAAAAAGUUUUCAAUGCAGAUGAUCAAAAUAUUUAAUUUUUAAUUCGUGGAUUCAUCACAAUUCUUCAAUAAUUAUUCAUAAUGACUUUUUCUGAUAUCCCGUAAGUAUAAACAUUGAAUACCGAAUUUAAAUAUUAAUAGAUGCAAAUUGGUAGAAAUAAAUAUGGGAUGAUAUUAGUUCCCAUUCAAACUGAUAUGGAAGAGUUUUAUAAAGGAACUUUUAAACUUGACAAAUUACGAUCUAUUUUUGAAAGAAGAGGGUGGUUCUCCAAUCUAGUGAAAUAGUUUAAAAAGGUAGUUCGCAACAUAUACUAGCAGAAAAUUUAAGAUUUAUGA